AUGAGGCCGCUGGACGAGAAGGAGACGACCCUAGUUUUCGAUAAGCUACACAAAUUUGUGGGAAACAAUCUACAGAAAAUUGUAAUGGAAAACCCGUCUCAUGAAGGACCCGACCUGAACCCGGGACGCUACUGCUUCCGCCUCCAGAAGAACCGAGUCUACUACGUAUCGGAGUCGUUAGUCAAACGCGCCACCAACAUCAAGCGCGAAAAAUUGGUAUCGAUGGGAACCCAGAUUGGAAAAUUCACCAAGAGUGAUAAAUUUCACUUGACGAUUCAGGGGUUGAAUUUGUUGGCUGCAAGUGCCAAGCACAAGGUGUGGCUGAAGCCUACAUCUGAAAUGAGCUUUUUGUAUGGGAACAGGGUGUUGAAAGGUGGGGUGGGGAGGAUUACGGAGAAUAUUCUGGUGAAUGAUGGGGUGGUGGUGUACUCCAUGGCGGAUGUGCCGUUGGGAUUCGGGGUUGCAGCGAAGAGCACGCAGGAUUGUAGGAAAAUGGAUCCCAAUGGGAUUGUGGUGCAUCACCUUGCCGAUAUUGGGGAGUACUUGAGAAUGGAGGAUGAGCUCUAA